AGAACAGCUGGGAACUGUGAACGUGCACUUGCAACUGGCAGCUCCAUUGAUGAAACCAACCGGAGCAGUUCUCGUUAAAAAUAGUUCACCGUGAUUCAAACCGUUACAGAAAUAUCCUGGGGAAUGUGUUGAGGUUUCACAACCUUGAUUCGACCUUUGGAAGUUUCAUUCGGACGUCAUUGGUUGUGUAGAUCGGUAGCCUUUGUGUAGUGUGGUGUGAGCUAGUGAGUUUUGUGCGUCUUUUGUGGUCGUUGUGAAGAUUUAUAAAACGGCUGUGUCAUGGCAGUCAGGUUCAGUUUGGGACCGAACACUCUUCACAGCGACAUGGUGUCACGUCGCAGGAUCCUGUCGCGAUCACGUGACGACCUAAACCUGGACUCCGCCCCAACAUUCGCCCCUCCAGAGGAAGAAGAGGACGUUUGGUAUCAGAAAGAAAAAUUGUACAAGGAUCACAUCCAGGAAGUUCUAGACAAAUGGACCCAGAUUGACGACGAGAUCUGGGCUAAAGUUAUAGUCCUAGAGCGUAACAGGAGGGUGGCUAAGGCAUACGCCCGCGCCCCUGUACUUACUGUCAACGGUAGUGAUGACGGCUUCGACGGUUUCAGAAUUGGAUUAUGCGGAUUUGAUAAUCCAAUGCGAGACCCAAAAACAGAAGACCUUAAGAAACAUAUAGGACACGGAGUUAAAGUGAAGAUGGAUGACCAAGGAAAUAUCCUGGUGAAGCGCGUCUCCAAAUGCAACGUGUACGUCAAAAGCACAGCGGCGGGUCCUGGGGAAGAGACCAGCAUAGGAAGUGAUGUGCUCAAACUGCCAAACUGUGCUCUUGAGCCAGAAAAACCAGUCAAGUUGUUCGACAUGAAGAAGUUCCAGGCCAACGUGAGUCGGGAGUUGCACAGAGCUUACCCAGACCGUCGUCGCCUGGAAUGUCAGUGUCUCAGCGCCAUCGCCUUCGUCAAGGCGGAAGGAGACCUGCUAGACUGUCCCAUCUGGGUGCUCAUCAUCAACGUAGUCGCCAUGGACAUGCUCAAGUCAAAACUACCUCCAAUGAAACGUACGACAGUGGAUAUCCGCAACAGACCUCGCAUACCCAUACCGGACGAGGACCCCUACAGUGUGGCGGGUAACGGGGGCGGCUCUUCAGGCAGCUCUGGGGGUGGUGGAGGCGGCAGUGUGGGGGUGGCGCAGCAUGUGCGGCGUAGUGACAAACCACCCAAACUGCCACCCAGGGGAGACAAUCCCUAUCCCCAUGACAUACCCAAGCCUGACUAUGACGACAUAGAAGAGGAAGAGAAUAGACUCGCAGUCAAAAACUUCCCAUCAUCUCGGGGCACCAGAGAUAAGACCAAGGACAAGAAAUACGACGAUCCGUACUACUGCGGACUGCGUGCCAGGGUGCCCAACUUUGUCAAGAGCAAAGACAAGGCAGCCAUAGCGGCUCAGAUGGCGCGCUACCCCAUGAUGCCUGCGCCGCUACCCCCUCUCCACAACCACGCACACCCCCACCCCUUGUGGCACGCCCGCAGCUACGACAGUGGCAUGGGUAUGACCCUCUACACACACCAACCCCAGCCAUAUUCUGAACACCUAGACUCGCCCUACAACCACAUAUACGGGCGUUUACCAAUCCCUACACGCGGGUACAUACCGUCAACGCCACGCACGAUGUACAUUGGAGAGUGGGACUAGGGAACUACUAUGACGUCACUGGCCCCCCACCACUGCAACUCAACCAAUCAGAAGCCGGAAUGCCAGCGCUACAGGCGAGCGUUACCCCCACCACUUUACGGCACCGCUCCCGGCUUGAACAUCCUAAUAGGGGAAAUGCAAAUGCAAAGACUCAUAACCCCGAAAAUACUCAUUCUCAAGAGAUUCAUUCAAACUGUGGUCAAGGAUUUAUCCAGCAAUUAUUUACCAGAAUUGCCUUGUAUUCAUUUUAUGUUGAUAAUUUAUUUUUUUUAUUCGCCUGUGUUGUAUAGUGUACGUGAUAGCUAUACCACUAGCCACUACAUGUAUAUAGUGUAAUUGUAAUGUAUACUGUAAGUCUGCGCUGAAGACUGCCUGAUUUCCCAAACUUGGGCCCUCUUCAUCGCUUUCAGUUCUUCUUGCACCUGCCUGCUGUCAGACGAGUCCAGAACCAUUAAACGUAUGCUUUUUAUUCAAAAUUCGUUUUUUUUUUAUUUUAAAAAUUCCAAACUCAAAAGAAACACAUUUUUUUUUUUUUUACCGUAAUCCUUGUUUAAUCGACGUGUAUAUUUUUUUGUAGGUAUAUUUAUGUUUUAUAGUUUGAAUAAAAACAUUACCAAUAUUACAUGAUAUUAUAAACACGUAAUCCUUUCAAAUUAAAUCUACAGGUUUUAAGACGCGUUAAACCACAUUUUUAUAUAAUUACAGGUUAAUUACAGGUUAAUUUGCAGAAAACUUAUAUUCAAACUUUAUCAUCGCCUGUCUGACACGAGGCAGCAGCACUGCUCUAUAAGAGUUCUGUAAUGUCAAUGACAUUUAUGUUAAGGUUGUAAUUUUCUUCUGUAUUUAUAAGUUAUUACUUUAACAUCGAUUAGAGAGCAUUUUGUCCGACUUGUACCUAGUCACAGUUCGCCCGAGCACCGGUCCUAGCUAUAGACUGUGCAGUUGUCUAUUUAGACUGUACCUAGACACUAGCUAGACCUAGAUCGUAGACAUGCUCUCCUGUGUACAUAGCCUAGUAACACCAUGCGUGUGCUAUAUUAUCGUAAGCUAAUGACUGUUUUAUAUCGCUCUGUACAUUGAAAUAAACGGUGAUGGAAUGUG